GAUUCUUUGAGUGUCUUCCACGUUCGCGACCGUUAUAACGUCAUGGCACGGCUUGUUUUUCUCUCAUCGUUGCUCUUAAUCCCAUUACGAGUGGUAGCGGACUAUGACCAGUUUUACUUUUCAUCCAACGUGACGAAUUGGAGAUGUUCAAAACUCGCAUUCGAUUGUAUAGCCCCUCAAGUGUGCGCCCACGAAUCUCUUCUCGAUAAAUUCUACUGUUGCGGUCCUGGGUCCGAUUCUGUAUGCUGGUCUGGGGCGCAGGAUUGUUCUGGGUCGAACGGUGUUCCCUCAUCAACCCAGGUCGGGUGUGGGAAUAACGCAUUUUGUUGCCUCAACAACAGGGAAGAAUGUACACAAAGAGCAAACCAAAUCAACAUCUGCUGGGCGACCCCAGAGAACCCCUUCGCAAAUGUUACAGAAAAGGAACUGAAUAAAACCUUUUCUUCCCUCAGCUCGGCGCGACCCUCCGCUAGUAGCUACUCAUUUAAUUCAGCCAAGCUCUUUGCGUCAACAACUUCCGGUGCUUCGUCCUCAGCCACCGCCGCGUCUGCCUCCACUACAGCCACCUCUUCGGCCGCCUCCCCUACACCCACACAAGGCGACUCCAGCGGUGGGAUAUCUGGUGGUGCAAUCGGCGGAAUAGUUGUGGGAGUGGUUGGUGGCCUGGCUAUUAUUGGUGCAGGGUGUUUUUUCCUUUGGAGACGCCGCAGUAACAAUAGUAAGGCUACACAAGACGGAAAUCCAUACAAUGGAAAUCCGAACAUGUAUGGUGGAUAUGGCCAGGUUCCUCAAGGAUCACCAGUGCCCCACGAGAAGUAUGGGAUGCAUGGAGCGCCUCUGGUCCCGCCAACGUACCCGCCAGUCGAGAUGGAUGCGACGUCACAACCUGUUGAGGUAGAAGGGAAUAAGCCACAGAAUAACAAUAUUUGAGAGCGAUUGGCAUCGGUAAUAUUGGAUGAGGAUUGAAUUGACUCUAGGAGAGCAAAGAAGUGUCGAACUUUGGCAAGAGGGAAGAGUUGGAUACAUAUCCUUCGGAUCUACACCCCUACAACCACGCCUGGAAAGACGAAGUUUUGGUAUGCAGUGAAAGAGGAAAGAGUUGGAUAUAGAUAAGAUGUUUUGGCCCAACAUUCCUGGGAGUCGCACUCU